AUGGAUGUUUUAACUAUGAUUUAUAUGACAACGAAAAAUACUUUUUUAGAAAACUGCUUGGGCCACUCCGCCCUGUGGGUUAGUAAGGCACUUGAGAAUUUUUUGGUUGAUAAUGUAAAGAAACUUCUAACAAGACUUCGACACUAUUUCAAAAUAUAUUUCACUUUUAUGGAUGAUCAUCAUUUUGCUCAUGUUUUGGAUAUUCUGUAUCGUAGGUUUCAUACAUUCUUCUUGUCAUCAGAGAAAUUACCAAUAUUUAAGCAUAAUUCAGAAUUUGUCAUCGAUAUUUGUCGAGAUCGCUGCAAUCAUCAUUUUAACAACAUGGUACUCACUUUUGAUACUUUGCUAGUUAAGUAUGACGAGAGACUCAAGCGUGAGAUGCGUUUAAUGGAUGCUUUUAUUUGGUUCCAAGACAGCUAUCUGAAGAUUUAUAGAGAUGUCCAGUCUUUUUUAAAGCAUUACAUCAAGCCGGAAUUUAAGUACAGCAGGGAUAUCCAGUUCAAAGAAAUUUUUUAUCCAGCUUUAAUCAAAGAAGUCUUCGUAAAGUUUAUGGAGCAUUAUUUACACGUUAUUCCUAAAAAGUAUCAUUAUUCUCCCGCUUUUAUUAUAUCACUUUCAAAAUACACUCUACAGAUGUCUGAAUCUGGUCAAAUAUCUGAAGCAUCUUUAUCUAUACAGUUUAAGUGUUUAGCAAAAGAAUUGUUGAAUAAUUACGUGGAAACUAGAGUGAGUUUGAUGACUCAAAUGCUCAGGAAUAGCAUUGCUAAUAAGUCAUGGACUGACACGAAAAUGCCCAAGAGGAUCAGCCCAGUUAUUCGCAGAAUUUUGGAUGAAUUUGCUAUUAUACUUCGUGAAGUACAAACUUUUUUUUAUGAUUCUAACAACAAGUUGCCUGAGUCGUUUAAUGCCUCAGACCCGAAAUCUCUACUCUCGGUGCAGCACUACACAAAUCCAAAUUUAGAUUCCAAUGUUGUGAUUACCCAGAUGUUGUUUCGUGAAUCGCCUGUUUACUCAAAAGAAGUUGAAUUCAGGAACGAUUCCAUCCUGUCCUGCAUCAUGAAGAGGAUGCUGAAGUCGUUGCUGGAACUCGUACGACAGAAAACAUUCAACCGAUUCGGCAUGCAGCAAAUCCAAGUCGAUGUGUUCUGCCUACAAUCGUGUAUUAUGGAGAAGGAUUUUAUCUCGCUCUAUGAUGACAUAAUUUCCAGUUACUACAGCAGGUGCUUCGACCCAGAACUCAUGAAUCCUCAUGUUGUUUCUGCAAUCUUACAGGAAAUUUAA